GCAGAGACUGUGCAGAGGGGUGGAAGGACUGAGGCAGCAGCUCCCAGGGAUUUGCUCGGCGGGAGGCAGAGACAAUGACUUCGCUGCUUUUCAGAACCACAGGGGCUCUGGCCAUUUUAAUGGUGGUUGUAUUGGUUCAUGGAGAAUUGAGAAUAAAGACAAAAGGGCAACAUGAAGAAAACGGAACAGCCAUACAACAGGCCAAAAGGAGAUAUAAACGUGAAUGGGUGAAAUUUGCAAGACCCUGCAGAGAAGAAGAAGACAACUCAAAAAGAAACCCAAUUGCCACAAUUACUUCAGAUUUCCAAGCACAUGAAACCAUAUUCUACCGAAUUUCUGGAAAAGGAAUUGAUCAGCCCCCUUUGGGAAUCUUUGUUGUUAACCGAAAUACUGGAGAAAUUAACAUAACAUCCAUAGUUGAUCGUGAGAAAACCCCAAGCUUCAACAUCAUAUGUCACGCUCUAACUGCCCAAGGAAAAGAAGUAGAGAAACCACUUAUAUUAACAGUCAAAAUUCUAGAUAUCAACGACAACCCUCCAGUGUUUUCACAAAGUAUAUUCAUGGGUGAAAUUGAAGAAAAUAGCCCUGCAAACUCACUGGUGAUGAUACUAAAUGCCACAGAUGCAGAUGAGCCAAACAAUUUGAACUCUAUAAUUGCCUUCAAAAUCGUCUCUCAAGAGCCUGCAGGCAAUCCCAUGUUCCUCCUCAGCAGACACUCUGGGGAAGUCCGAACUUUGACCAAUUCUCUUGAUCGAGAGCAAGUUAGCAGCUAUCGUCUAAUUGUGAGUGGUGCAGACCGAGAUGGAGAAGGGCUGUCAAGUCAGUGUGAAAGUAGCAUCAAAGUGAAAGAUGUCAAUGAUAAUUUCCCGAUGUUGAGAGAACUUCAGUAUACAGCACGUAUUGAGGAAAACACUUUAAGUUCUGAGUUGCUUCGAUUUCAAGUAAUAGAUUUGGAUGAAGAGUUCACAGAUAAUUGGCUUGCGGUGUAUUUUUUCACCUCUGGAAAUGAAGGGAAUUGGUUUGAAAUAGAAACUGAUCCCAGAACAAACGAAGGCAUCCUGAAGGUGGUUAAGCCCCUAGAUUAUGAACAACUACAAAAUGCACGAUUUAGUAUUGCCGUUAAAAACAAAGCUGAAUUUCACCGAUCGAUAAUCUCUCAAUACCGAGUCAAGUCAACUGAAGUCACAGUUCAAGUUAUAAAUGUGCAAGAAGGGAUUGCAUUCCGUCCUGCUUCCAAGACGUUUAUUGUCCCGAAAGGCAUAAGUAGCAGAAGGUUGAUCAAUUAUGUUCUGGGAUCAUACCAAGCCAUUGAUGAGGACACUGGCAAAGCUGCCUCGAAUGUCAGAUAUAUCAUGGGACGUAAUGAUGGUGGUUUGCUAAUUAUUGAUUCAAAAACAGCUCAAAUCAAAUUUGUCAAAAACCUUGAUCGAGAUUCUGCCUUCAUUGUUAACAAAACAAUCAUAGCUGAGAUUCUGGCCAUCGAUGAAAACACAGGUAAAACAUCGACAGGCACCGUCCAUGUGAAAGUACCUGGUUUUAAUGAAAAUUGUCCAACAAUUGUCCUCGAAAGGGAAACGAUUUGCAGCUCAUCACCUUCCGUGACUGUCUCAGCUCGAGUACAGGACAGGAGCAAAUAUUCUGGCCCCUACACAUUUUCACUGGAGGAUCAGUCUCUGAAAUUGCCAGUUGUGUGGAGCAUCACAACUCUUAAUGCUACCUCUGCACUCCUAAGGGCCCAGCAGCAGGUACCCCCUGGAGUGCACAGAGUCUCCCUCAUCAUUUCAGACAGAGAAGACAGGCAGUGUGAGACUCCAGAGAGUCUGACUCUUGAGGUCUGUCAGUGCAACAACAGAGACGUCUGUACAGCCCCAGUGCCUGGGCCCAGGUAUGAAGAUGAGGAGUCGUCUUGGAAGCUGGGGCCUGCUGCCAUUGGCCUGAUAUUCCUUGGUCUUUUAAUGUUGCUGUUGGCCCCCCUUCUGCUGCUGACCUGUGACUGUGGGACGGGUCCCCUAGGGGGAGGAGCAGCUGGAUUCAUCCCAGUUCCUGAUGGUUCAGAAGGAACAAUUCAUCAAUGGGGAAUCGAAGGAGCCCAACCUAAAGACAAGGAAAUCACAAAUAUUUGUGUGCCAUUUGUAAACUCCAAUGGAACUGAUUUCAUGGAAAAUUCUGAUGUUUGUACAAACACGUGCACCAGAAGAAGGGUGGUGGAAGAAAAUUUGGGAAUGGAGCAUACCACCAAGCUUGAAACGGCUACAGGAUCUGGAGCAGAUAUGGUAGCUGCUGCGGGAUUCAGAAACACCACGGGGCUCGGCUUCUGUUCUGCCGAACAGUCAGGAACAAUGCGGACAAGGCAUUCCACCGGGGGGGCCCAGAGGGAAUGUGGUGAAGGAGAAAUAAACAUGAAUUUCUUGGAAUCCUACUUUUCUCAGAAAGCAUUUGACUGUGCAGAGGAAGAGGAUGGCCAGGAAGCAAAUGACUGCUUGCUGAUCUAUGACAACGAAGGAUUGGGUGCCCCUGGUUCUCCUGUGGGGUCCCUGGGUUGCUGCAGCUUUAUUGUCGAUGACCUGGAUGAGAGCUUUUUGGAUUCGCUGGGCCCGAAAUUUAAACAACUUGCAGAGAUAAGCCUCGGGUUUGAAGACAAAGCCAAACAAUCUCAGACACACAACAAAAACAGUGGUUCUGGGAUUGGACCCUGUGACCACUCUGUGGAAAUCCAGCAGUCAGGAUGUUCUAGGUGCCAGAUUUCACUAGACAGUCAAGGAGCUUCUGCUUUAUCUACUUCUUGCUCUGUCUUCCAACCCGCCAUUCCCAUCCCUGACCCUCUGCAGCAACGUAACUGUUUGGUGACGGAAACUUACUCAGCUUCUGGCUCCCUCGUGCAACCUUCUACUGCAGCCUUUGAUCCACUUCUCACGCAAAAUGUUAUAGUGACAGAGCGAGUGAUAUGUCCCAUUUCUAGUAGUCCUGGCAACCUAUGUGGUCCAAUUGAGCUACGAGGGUCGAGUAAUAUGAUUUGUACAGAAGAUCCUUGUUCCCGUCUGAUAUGACCAGAAUGAACAGGAACCACAGACUGGCUGCAUAAGGAUAUCUGGACCAAAUUAUCCAGAAUAGCAUAGCAAGUCUCACAGCAUCGGUCUAAUUUGGCACUUACUUGCUACUCUGAUAAAGUGAUCAUAAUUACAGGUUUCUAGUUCAUAUCCCCAAAGUGAAUAUGUUGCCAUUCUUAAUUCUCAAAUACUAUUCAAGUGGUAUUAAAUUUUAAUGUUUUUUUAAAAAUCUUAACAUAUUCAGUACAAAAAUAUCCUAACAAUUUUUAAACAUCUACUUUUGCAAUGCCAAAGAACGGUGCUCAUCCCUUUAAAAUGCAAUGAACUUUUAGUAGAUUAAGCACUUGGAGUCAAGAAUCCCAGUUCUUGUCUCUCUCACCUUCUCUUAUAUCACUAAUAAUGAUGUAAGAGUCUUAGGUGUUUGCUAAAGCACUUUGAGUUGCUCCAGAAAGAAAAAAAAAGAAUAAGUCACAGUUGAACUUUUUCCAUCUUCUUGGUGCUGGGAGACCCUACCUGAAUCUUUUGCUCAAGCUAAGGCUAUUGGCUUAUGCAUUAAACUUGCUACAUCUAUAUGCCUCAUAUUCUAACAAUAAGACAAUUUUAUCAUAGAACAUUUAAGAAAGUUUAGUAUAGUGUAAAUAGUAUUUUGGGUUUCUGUAAUCAUCUUGAAAUGAUCUAGCCAAAGAAAAUGUACUCCUUCCGACAUACUUCUCAGUAACAAAUCCUAUGUUAAUAGUUAAAAGUGUUCCUUAUUUUUUAAAUGUCAGCGGGCCAAUGUAACUUUCAUAUGACAAGCAUGAUGUCUAUUAUGUUAACAAUGUUUACAGACUUGUGGAAAUUCAAACCAUGGCUUUUCUCAUAAGCAGAAGGAGCUGCUGACUAGAAUAACACAAGAUAAAAUUUGUAAAUAUGUAUUAUAAACAGAAUUUCAGGUCAAAUAGGAUAUGAAAAAGGAUUAGCAGGAACCUCUUUUUUUUAAGCCUCCUUCCUUUUACAUUAAACAGCUACAGCAAUUUAAUUUUUGAGCAUAACAUUGUUAGGUUAGUGAAGGUUUAGGACGUGUUAUUUCAUGUAUGUUACCAUGAUAACAAUGCAGUUCUUCAAAUCAUUUCUGGUCCUUCAAGAUCUUCAGCCUUUAACCCGUAAAAAGCACCCUAACUGCUUAUCGACAUUAUUGUUUUAGCUGAGUCUUUAAAAGGUCACUGGCCAGCCCUAUUAUCUUUAAUUGCAUAUAAAACUUCCCUUCCAUUUUUUGGCCUUAUUCAAAACUGAUACUUGUUUUUCUAGAUGGAAUGCAAACUAAUAAAGCACUUGUGUUUUAACCCAGAAGGGUAGAGUCUGGAGGAUACCUUGUCAGAAAGAGACCCCCUAAAAUUUCUUACAUCUAAGAUUCUUCCCUGGCCCAGAUGCCUUGACUACCAGGAAGGCCUGUGCUAGGAUAACCUGAGACACGGGCAGCCUGUUCUUCCAAGACAAGGCUGUUGCUGCAAUAAGGAUUGCAGUGCACUUGUCUUGAGGUGAAGGAGACUUGACCCUAUGGAGCAGUCUGCUGGGUCCUGAGGAAGUUUCCUUGCUAUUACCACUGGGCACCUCUUCUCUGUCUUUUCAAAAGAUGCUUUCUGUAGGAUCUAGCAUACAUACAGUUGAUCUGUGCCUCUGUUUGUACACAAAAGUAAAGUCAAUAGUCAUAAUAACUCUUAUACCAAGGUGAAAAGUGUACUCAGGAUCCUUAAAGCAUUUUAACUU